AUGCUAUGCAUAAAAAAAGCGACGCGUUCCACCAAACCAAAGCCGGAUCCAGAUGCGGUGCCCCAAAAGCCAACAGUGAGUGCUGCAAAGAAAGUAUUUUACAUCGCCGACAACUUGUUGCAAGCGGACGAUGGGAAACAACGAAUGCGCCUGGAGCGGUUUUAUCAUCCAGGCAAAGGACAGCUUGCUUGGUUUAUAACGCAUCAAGAUCGCCACAUAAUGGAGGUUCUGGAGUAUGCGGAACCGCGACGCAGCUGGCUCCUAAAUAAUGAAGUCUGUUCAAAUGGUCGCACAUACAUGACCACACCAUUUGAUGCCACGCUUUUGGCCUUGCAUCAUCUUCGCAAGCAUUGCUCGCAACGCGCCAUGUCGCUGGACAGCAUUGGCGUUGAUGAGUCCAAUACCAGUGUCAACCGCCUACUUACGAAAUUUACCAACGCCACCAGCCUAAAGUGUGUGUCCGAUGUAAAAGUUUCCAGCGAUUUGACCUUCUACAAAUACAACGCGGAGCGAACGCUCGCCUGGUUGGCGUUAAAGACACGUGGAAUAGUUGCAGUGCUGAAGGCAAAGCAAGUACAUUGUGGUCUUGGCGCCAAGUCAGAGAAUUAUGUGCGCAGCGAAAAGUUGGUGACGGAGACCGAUGUCAAUGAAAUGGAUUACAUGAGGAUGGCCUGCGAUUACGUUGGACGCUAUCUGGAUGCAGACUUGCACGAGGAACUUACACGCUAUCUGCACAUACCAAGUGAGAUCCAGGCAUUGGUCGAAGAGAAGAGCACCGCACAGAAGCGUAAGUCCCAGCAAGGCCAGCAAGGUGCUAACAGCAAGAAGAUUAAACUUGCCAAUAAUGAGGAUGCAGCCAGCAAGCUGCGAAACAGCAGUCUGCUGGACAGUGACGACGCCAAAGAAUCUGUUACGUCGCCACCAACGCCUGCACCACUCAAGGAGCGCACAAUGACAGCCAAAGAGAAGGCGCUGGCCAAAGGUGCCAAGGGCAGCAAGAGUAUUGCAUCCUUUUUUAAAGCGAAAUAAACAAUCCAAGCCAAUCGAAAAUAGUAUUGCAAACAAACUGAUUUGCAGAGUUCGAUGACUUGUUUUUCCCUAAAGAAUGUGUCGCAUUUGCCACAACUUUGUGUCAAUGCGAUUAUUUAAUCUUUGCUUAACAUGUCUGGCUUGGCACGGUCAACAAGUUGUGUCAAUAGGACGCCUCAACUACCCCAAGCAACAAAUUAAUUAUCGCUGUUUGCAUUAUUAAGUACAAGUGUAUACAUUUUAUGAUUUACGUCUAUCACUUUUGGACAAACGGCAUGCGCAAGGCACACGCUCCGAAUACCCUGUAAAGUUGGGUGUAAUUGUUAUGAGAUCAUUGAUAAUUAUACAUUUUAGAAUUAACUAUUUUACAACUCCUAAACUAAGUAGAGAAUGGUUCGUUUUACAGAACAUUUUUGCAGUUCUAGUUUUCCAAUUUAUUUUAUUUUGAUUAUGUUGUACCACUUCUUUUAUACAAAUA